AUGAUCAUCACCAAUCUUUUCUUUAUCAAUUCCACUCAAACCAAACGUGUCUCCAUCACGCUCUCACUGUUUUUCAGAACCCACAUCACCAAUUUAUCUAACAAACCAAUCCUGACAAAAAGACCAUUCCAUUCAAAAACAUCCUCAGAACUCCAAAAUAAUGGAGGGUUUUGCUUCCAAGACUGUGUCUCACUCUUGCAACACCUGAGGAACCACAAAGACAUAAACUGUGGCAGAACCCUUCAUUCUCUCUUCGUUAAAAGUGCCCUCGACAAGGAUGUCUUUGUGCAAAACAAUAUGGUGAGGUUUUAUGGCGAUAUUGGAGAACCCGAGAAUGCACAUAACCUGUUUGAUGAAAUUCCCCAUCCGAGUUUGGUUUCUUGGACGAGCUUGAUCUCUUGUUAUGUCCACGUGGGGCAAUAUGUAAAGGGUCUUAGUUUGUUUUGUAGCUUGUGUCAAUCCGGGAUGCGCCCGAAUGAGUUUGGUUUCUCUGUGGCACUCAAAGCUUGCAGGGUGAUGCGUGAUUCUGUGAUGGGUAAGCUCAUUCAUGGUUUGAUACUCAAAAGCGGGUUUGAUUCGCAUAGUUUUUGCUGUGCUUCGAUUCUUCACAUGUAUGCUGAUUGUGGAGAUAUUGAGAAUUCGAGGAAGUUUUUUAAUGGCGUUUGUUUGAGUGAAAGAUGUGAGGCAUUGUGGAAUACUUUGCUGAAUUCUUACGUGCGGAUGUCUGAUGUGGAGGGUUCUGUGAAGUUGUUCCGUGAGAUGGGGCACUCUGCCAUGUCCCCGAAUUGUUUCACUUACACAAUCCUUGUUAAACUCUGUGCUGAUGUGUUGGAUUUUGAACUUGGAAGGUCUGUUCAUGGCCACACUGUGAAGAUUGGGAUUGAAAAUGAUGUUGUGGUGGGUGGAGCCCUUGUUGACUUCUAUGCCAAACUGGGAUUAUUAGAUGAUGCUUGUAAAGUGUUUCAUAUUCUUGAAGAGCGGGAUAAUGUGUCAUUAUGUGCUUUACUUGCUGGGUUUAAUCAGAUUGGAAAAUCUAAGGAAGGACUUUCAUUUUAUAUUGAUUUUCUUUGUAAAGGUAAUAAACCAGACCCAUAUAUUUGUGCAUGUGUUGCUAGUUUGUGCUCAAAUUUGGAGACAGAGCUUGCUGGUACUCAAGUUCACUGUGGUUUCAUCAAACAUGGCUUUAAGAUGGAUUCAUAUCUUGGCAGUGCCUUUAUCAGCAUGUAUGGAAACUUUGGGAUGAUAUCUGAUGCUUAUAAUUGUUUUCUUGACGUUUGCAAUAAGAAUGAAAUUUGCAUAAGUGCCAUGAUGAAUAGUUUAAUACUCAAUUCAAAUGAUAUGAAAGCUUUAGAGCUGUUUUGUGGGAUGAGAGGAGGUGGUAUUGCUCCAAGCAAUUCAUCGAUCAGCUAUGUUCUACGGGCUUGUGGGAGCCUUUUUAUGCUUAAAGAAGGAAGAUCUUUUCAUUCUUACAUGAUUAAAAACCCUUAUGAAGAUGACUAUAGGUUGGACUUAGAAAAUGCUCUUCUUGAGAUGUAUGUUAGAUGUAGAGUCAUUGAUGACGCAAAGUUGGUUUUUGAAACGAUGAAAAUACGAAAUGAGUUUACUUGGACUACUAUCAUAUCUGGAUGCAGUGAAUCAGGGCACUUUGUAGAAGCUCUGGGGAUCUUCCGUGAUAUGCUUCUAUAUUCAAAACCUAGUCAGUUCACCUUAAUUAGUGUUGUUCAAGCUUGUGCAGAAAUAAAGGCGCUUGAUGUAGGAAAACAAGUACAUUCUUAUGUCAUGAAAGUAGGAUUUGAAUAUUAUCCGUUUGUAGGAAGUGCCCUGAUCAACAUGUAUGGAGUAUUUAAACAUGAAACUCUGAAUGCUUUCCAGGUAUUCUUGUCCAUGAAAGAAAAGGAUCUUAUCUCCUGGAGUGUCAUGUUAACGUCAUGGGUCCAAAAUGGUUAUCAUGAAGAAGCACUUAAGCUUUUUGCAGAAUUCCAAGCUGCUCGCAUUUUGCAGGUUGACGAGUCUAUCUUAUCCAGCUGUAUCUCAGCUGCUGCAGGCUUAGCAGCAUUGGACAUAGGCAAAUGUUUCCAUUCGUGGGCUAUCAAACUUGGCUUUGAAAUUGAUUUUCACGUAGCUUCUUCCAUUACAGACAUGUAUAGUAAAUGUGGAAAUAUUAAAGAUGCCUGCAAGUUUUUCAAUACUAUCCAUGACCAUAAUUUAAUAUCUUGGACAGCCAUGAUAUAUGGAUAUGCUUAUCACGGGCUUGGGAAAGAAGCUAUUGACCUGUUUAACAAGGCUAUAGAAGCUGGGAUGGAACCUGAUGGUGUUACCUUCACUGGGGUUUUAGCUGCAUGUAGUCAUGCUGGACUGGUGGAGGAAGGUUGCAAACAUUUCGAGUACAUGAGAAGUAAAUACAACUCUGAAGUAACCAUAAAUCAUUAUGCUUGCAUGGUUGAUCUUCUUGGUCGAGCUGCAAAAUUGGAAGAAGCAGAGGCUUUGAUAAAGGAAGCUCCGUUUCAUUCAAAAUCUCUUCUAUGGAAAACUUUCCUAGGUGCUUGCUCUAAACAUGAGAAUGGUGAAGUAGGAAACAGAAUAUCAAAGAUGCUUGGUGAUGUAGAACUGAAUGAACCCUCAACCUAUGUUCUACUGUCUAACAUUUAUGCGUCAGCAUCAAUGUGGAAAAAUUGCUUAGAGUUGAGAAACAAAAUGGUGGAAGGAAGCGUUAAUAAGCAACCUGGUAGUAGUUGGAUUCAGUUGGCAGGUUAG